AUGAACCUUUUAUGUCUUUCGCUCCUCCUUGUCUUGAUCGUGUUGUCACCGGCUGCGGCGGAUGAGCAUACGCACAGAGUAAGCACAUUCUUUUUGUAUGCAGAUAUACCGCUUCAGCAUAAAAACAGCAUUCUAUCCAAGUAUUACUUUUCCGAGACUUACAAAAAAGGAGAAGCUGUAAUAAUAUGGAUGAACACAGUCGGACCUCUUUCAAAUAGACAAGAGACAUAUGAAUACUAUCAAUUACCAUAUUGUCGUGGCGAACAGGUCGUAGAACACCACCACGAGACUUUGGGAGAGGCAUUAUUGGGAAUGGAAUUGGUAAACUCGGGAAUUGGGAUGAAGUUUCUUGUCGAUGAAGAAAAUGCCACAAUAUGUGAUGUCUUGCUUACUGCUAAAGAUAUACGCUCCUUUCGAUAUGCAAUAACGAACAAUUAUUGGUAUCAGAUGUUCCUUGGAUUCGUUGGAGUAGAGGACCGCAAUGCAACAGAUGUUUAUUUAUAUUCUCAUAACAACUUUGUCAUAAGCUAUAAUGGCGACAAGAUAAUUGAGGUUAACAAUACGAGUGGAACCCCUGUCAAACUGCCUUUGGAAUCUGAUAGAAUUCCCUUACGCUUAUCAUAUUCGGUUAAAUGGGUUAGUACUAAUGCCAAGUUUGAGGAUCGAUUCGACAAGUAUUUGGACGCGGAAUUUUUUGAACAUAGGGUUCAUUGGUUCUCCAUAUGGAAUUCUGUCAUGAUAGUGAUUGUUUUGACAGGUGCUGUUAGUUUCUUACUGGUCCGGAUGCUCAAACGCGAUUUUGCCCGAUAUGACAGAAUGGAAAGUCUUGAUGAUCUGGAUCGUGAUUUUGGCGAUGAAUAUGGAUGGAAGCAAGUCCACGGUGACAUAUUCCGUUCACCACCGCGACUUAUGUUGUUUUCUGCAUUGGUUGGAACUGGUCAUCAACUAAUAUGGCUUACGUUGGUGUUGAUUUUGUACAUAAUUAUUGGCGAGCUUUACGCAGAGCGUGAUUCUAUAUUGACAGCAGCGAUUUUCCUGUAUGCCUUAACAUCGGUUAUUGCCGGCUUUACGACUACGCGAACAUACAGCAUUUAUGGAGGGCGUGACAUAUUAAAGACGGUUUUACUUGCAUCGUCGUUGUGUCCAGGUUUCGCGAGCGCCGUUACUUUUUUUAUUAAUACAAUAGCAGUAUACUAUUCUAGUUCAAGAGCUAUUCCAUUCCUGAUUAUCUUGGCGAUGUUAGCCAUAUGGUUUUUCAUAGUGAUCCCGUUGACAAUGUUUGGUUCCAUACUGGCGAGUAGUUUGGGAGUCCAACCGGAUUUUCCUUGUCGGGUGAAUCCAAUACCACGAACUAUCCCUGAGAAACCCUGGCAUUCCGAACCGAUUGUCAUUAUAGCACUCGGUGUCGUUACAGCAUGUGUUGCUGUAUUCAGCAUAUACGUUUUGCUCAAUUCCGAAGACCAUAGAUGGCAUUGGAUUAGUUUCCUGACGUGCGGAUCAACUUCUGUCUAUGUUUAUCUUUAUGCCGUAUACUAUUAUAUGUAUCGAACAAAAAUGUAUGGGUUAUUCCAGACAUCGUUUUAUUUUGGCAACACGGCAAUAAUUUGUUUUGGACUAUUUACAGUAUUGGGUUCUGUUGGUUACUUUGCGGCAAACAAAUUUGUAAAAUCUAUAUACAAGAAUGUAAAAUUAGACUGA